AUGGAUGAUCUAGUUCGGGAGAUGGCCGAAUGCUACAGGGACACAACGUCAAAUAGUAUUAAGGAUUACGGGGCGGUCUUGGAGGGGAUCGAAGAAGCAUUGGAUACAUUCUGGGAUAUGUGUUUAGUGUUUGAUGUUAACGAAACGGCGGAUCAAGAGGAUUCAAGUCGCGAAGCCAUCGAAAAGAUCCACAGAAAGCUUGUCUCAACUGUGCAUUUUUUCGCCAUGAAGUUGGAAGGGCUGGAAAGCUUCGUUGCUACGACUCAAAGCAGGCUGAAGGUUCAGCGAAAGAUGAUAAAAACGAUUCUCUCUCAAAAAAACAUGAAGCUGGUUGAAAAACUGGCUGCAGAACGACGCAAUGGAGGCUUCGUCGAAAAGAACUGGAACCAAACUCCGGGGGCAAAAUUAACGACAGUGUUCGGACCUAGCUAUCUUCCUAUGUUCGUCUUUGUUGGUGUUCUCUCUUUUGGUUUCCUGGCUAUUAAAUUAGUCAAUUUCUUGUUGAAUCAGCUCCUAUCCGUGCCUAUUAAGUUGAGGGGUCGAGGAGACCCUGAAGGGCAAUAUGAGAGCCCACGCAUGCGGCGAGCAGACGUCAUUGUAUAUAUUUUGGCUCUCGUCCCAAUGGCGGUAUUCGUCACUCUUCUGUAUAAAUCUGGGAAGAGAAAGGGAGCUGCGAUCAAGGAAUGGGACCUGGAGAAGUUGCAAGACGGGAGCAAGGAAGGGUCUCUCCCAACCAAUGGCGAAUUACAAUAA